GGGAUGCCGAGGGUAAAUACCAACGUCACGUACGGGAUCAUUAGCCAGAUAUCCUUAGUUUCACGACGAUCCUCUUACCGCUGACAUCAUUAUCAAAAAAAAAAAAAUUAUACAUACAUUUCAUUUAUUAUGUUACAAAAAUUUCCCUAAAAGUGUAAAUUAAUUUUCGAGAGUGUUUCGAAUUUUUAUUUGCAAGUGAAAAUAAAGAAAAAAAAUGUUAGAAUAUUGAAUUUUGAAAAAAAAAACAAAAAUGGAUCAGGAUCCGACGGACGUGUCGGAUAGAAGUGAAUCAAAUCACUCGGAGGUGCGCGCAUUUCAGGAUUAUGAAAAAUUAAAGGAAUUAAAUUUAACAGUGGAUAAAAAUAAUGAGAAUUUUAAAAAAGAUUUUCACAUUGAUGGUAAAACGCAUAAUUCAACGGUACGUUUUGAUGAAUUUAUGACGGACGCUAGUGAAUUGGCAAUUGCAUUAAAUAAGCCAAAGGAUUUUAAUUUUUUAACUGAACAAAUUCGUUAUUCGCGAAAUUCGUCGAGUGAUGAGAUUUCAGAAAUUGAUAAUUUACGAAAUAAAGAAAUACAAAAAGAUUUAUUUUUACGACAAAAAAAUAAUUCAUCAUUGGAAAGAAAUAAUAAAGCAGAUAGUGGAAUUUUUAACGAUAGAGAAAUAAAAGAUUUUGGAAUAUUGAAAAAUUAUAAUUUAGAAAGAAUGAAGGAAUUUAAUUUAUCAUUCGAUAGAGUUAGGGAUAAUGUUAAUAAUUUAGAGAGAUUUCGUGGUAAUUCAUUAAUGGAAAAUUCGGGAUUAUUGGAGUCUAAUGAUUUUAUGAAUUUACAAAUACAACAAAGAAAUCCCGAUUUGGAUGCAUUGACUUAUGAGAGAAUGAGGAGAUCACAUCUUUUGACAACUGAUUUAUCGUCACAAAGUAUUGCCACUCAAUUGUCGAGAACGCAUUCAGUUGGUCAGAGUCAACAUCAACAUCAACAACAGGUGAAGUCGUUUACGAUUGAUGCAAUUUUAGGAUUGAGAAAUAAUCCCAGGGAAAAACAUCAAAAGGGACAUCAUCCAUAUAGAAAACAUCAGGGCCAGGAAAGUUCGGCGAAAGGAAGUUCAUCGAGUUCAUAUUCGAGUGGAGGUGGAAAAUUAAAAAGGGUGAGAACAAUUUUCACUGCCGAGCAAUUGGAACGAUUAGAGGGUGAAUUUGCGAGACAACAAUAUAUGGUUGGACCCGAGAGACUUUAUUUGGCACAUGCAUUAAGAUUAACGGAAGCUCAAGUUAAAGUUUGGUUUCAAAAUCGUCGUAUAAAGUGGCGUAAAUUAAAUCACGAACAACAAAGUCAACGACUACAUGAAUUUCAUCAGACUUCAUUAUCGAAUUUAGAACAAGACGACAGUAACGAAGCAAGUGAAUGGCAAAAGUGAUUCUCUACUACUUUUUUUCCUUUUAAAAAAAAAAAAACACUGAAAGUCCCCUUUUUUUGAAAAUCCAAAAAAAUAUCCUCAUUCUCGACAUAUAAAUAUUUUCACAAGAAAGCUCAAAGAGUCUCGGACAAAAAAAAAAAUUUUUAUUUUAUCUCAAAAAGAAAAACAAAUUUCAAAAUAAUCAAUUAAAAAAACAAUUUUUGAAUUCCAAAGUGGUAUUCAUUAAAAAUAUUUUUCUAUGAAAAAAAUAACGAGAGAUUACUGGCAGAUAAGGAAAUAAGAAAAAAAAAAAGUGAUCGAGAUGGGUGAAAGAUCCAAGGGGAAAUUAUCUCAUG